CUUGCCUCGCGCGCGGGGUCAUCUUGGCGCCACUCACGCGCAGCGAGCCAGCGGGAAGUCAUGGCGGACACCCGCGGGAAACUUCUUCGGUAAUGGCGGACACCCGCGGGAAACUUCUUUAAAACUCGGACUUUUCUUGCUCGGCGCCACUUUGAAGUUGGCGCCAACUUCCUGACUUUUGACCAGUCUUCAUUAUUUUGACCAGUUUUCAUUAUUUGGAGCAGUCUUCAUUAUUUUGUCCAGUCUUCAUUAUUUUGUCCAGUCUUCAUUAUAAUUUUGAGCAGUCUUCAUCAUAAUUUUGAGCAGUCUUCAUCUAUGGAGCUGGUUGUGUAGCGGCGCCUUCUCCGAGGACAGCAGCCCGGACCUCCAGCCCCUCUCUGCCGCCCAGCACGCCGACCACCGCGCUCCAUGGCCGGCUGGGUGCGGGCCGGCAGCUCGCUGUGGUUGCCGUGGAGACGGAGCCUCCUGCUGGCCGCCUGCGUGUGCGCCUGCGCGUGCGUGCUGGAGGCGCUCGGAGCUGAGGACGACUCCUUCAACGCGGAGACGUGGCUGAGGAUGUACGGCUACCUGCCGCAGGCCAGCAGGCAGAUGUCCACCAUGCGCUCCACGCAGAUCUUGUCGGACGCCGUCAGUGACAUGCAGCGCUUCUACGGGCUGGAGGUGACGGGCCGCAUGGACCCGCACACCAUCAGCGCCAUGAAGAGACCCCGCUGCGGCGUGCCCGACAAGUUCGGGGGCCAGAUCAAAACCAACGUGCGGCGGAAGCGCUACGCCCUGACCGGACACAAGUGGAACAAGAGCCGCCUCACGUACAGCAUCCAGAACUACACGCCCAAGAUCGGCGAGUACAACUCCUUCGCCGCCAUCCGGCAGGCCUUCAAGGUCUGGGAGGGCGUCACCCCCUUGACCUUCGACGAGAUCCCCUACCAGGAGAUCAAAUAUGGACGCCGUAAGGAGCCCGACAUCAUGCUCUUCUUCGCCUCUGGUUUCCAUGGAGACAGCUCCCCCUUCGACGGGGAGGGGGGCUUCCUGGCCCACGCCUACUUCCCCGGACCCGGGAUGGGCGGGGACACUCACUUUGACUCCGACGAGCCUUGGACAAUCGGAAAUCAUAACGUACAAGGCAACGACCUCUUCCUGGUUGCCAUCCAUGAGCUGGGCCACGCCUUAGGUCUGGAACAUUCCCACAACCCCCUGGCCAUCAUGGCGCCCUUCUACCAGUGGAUGGAGACCCAGGACUUCCAGCUCCCUGACGAUGACCGCAGAGGCAUUCAGCAGAUCUAUGGUACACCUGACAGCAGGCCCACACAGGCCCUGCCCACUGUGACCCCGCGUCGACCGGAGCCCAGACCACCUCCCAGUCCCCCUCGUCAGCCGGAGCGACCAAGGACCACGGACAGACCAGACCACUACGGACCUGACAUCUGUGAAGGCAACUUUGACACGGUGGCCUUGCUGCGGGGAGAGAUGUUUGUCUUCAAGGGCCGCUGGUUCUGGAGGGUGCGCAGGAACCGGGUCCUGGACAACUACCCCAUGCCCAUCGGUCACUUCUGGAGAGGACUGCCCGGAGACAUCGACGCCGCCUACGAGAGACACGACGGCAGGUUCGUCUUCUUCAAAGCUCACAGGUUCUGGCUCUUCCGGGAAGCCAACCUGGAACCAGGUUACCCUUUGGAACUAGUCGAUUACGGACGCGACAUUCCUUAUGACCGCAUAGACGCCGCCAUCUGGUGGGAACCCACGGGAUACACCUACUUAUUCCAAGGAGACAGGUACUGGCGCUUCGACGAGCAGUCGCGCUCGGCCGACAGAGGCUACCCCAAAGCCAUUAGCGUGUGGGGCUCGGCCGUGCCCGCCGCUCCCAAGGGCGCCUUCCUUAGCGACGAUGGCGCCUACACCUUCUUCUACAAGGGUUCCAAGUACUGGAAGUUUGACAACCACCAGAUGAAGAGUGAGCCGGGCUACCCCAAGUCCAUCCUGCGGGACUUCAUGGGCUGCAGCGUGGACCUGGACCCAGGCACCGACACCGACUCCGACACCGCCGACAAGAACCCAGACGUCAACCGGCCACCCUUCAACCCGGACGCCGGGCGCGACGACGACAAAGACGGUACGGACGGCGACGCGGACUCGGGUGCGGACAAAGAGCAGGAUGAGUCGGAGACCGGAGAGGAGGACACUAACGAGGUGGACGUGGUGCUGAAGGUGGACGACAGCCAGGAGAGGACCAUGAACAUCCUGAUGGUCUCCAUCCCGCUGGUCCUGGUGCUGUGCAUCCUGGGCCUGGUCUACGCCAUCAUCAACACGCUGCAGAGCAAGGGGGCGCCCCGGCUGCUGGUGCACUGCAAGCGCUCGCUGCAGGACUGGGUCUAGGACUGGCUCCAGGACUGGAUCCAGGAAUUGGGCUAGGACUGUGUCCAAGACUGGGACUAGGACUGGAUCCAGAAUUGGGGCUAGGACUGGAUCCAAGUCUGUGUCUAGGAUUGGGAUUAAGACUUGGCUUAAUACUGGGUCCGAGACUGGGCCUAGGACUGGGUGUAGGACUGGGUCCAAGUUUGGCCUAGGACUGGGUCCAAAACUAGGUCUAGAAAUGUGACUAGGACUGGGUCCAGGAUUGGGUCUAGGACUGGGUCCAAAACUAGGUCUAGUAUUGUGUCUAGGACUGGGACUAGAACUGGAUCCAGGAUUGGAACCAGGACUGGGUCCAAGACUGGGUCUACGACUGGAUCCAGAAUUGGGGCUAGGACUGGAUCCAAGACUGUGUCUAGGAUUGGGAUUAAGAUUUGGCUUAAUACUGGGUCCAAGACUGGGUUUAGGACUGGGUCCAAGCUUGGUCUAGGACUGGGUCCAAACCUAGGUCUAUUAUUGUGUCUAGGACUGGGUCCAGGAUUGGGUCUAGGACUGGGUCUAGUAUUGUGUCUAGGACUGGGCCUAGGACUGGGUCCAAAAAUAGGUCUAGUAUUGUGCCUAGGACUGGGACUAGAACUGGAUCUAGGAUUAGAUCUAGAACUGGGUCGAGGACUGGGGCUUGGACUAUGUCUUGGACUGGGACUAAGACUGGGUCCAAGACUGGACCAAGGACUUGGUCUAAGACUGGGCCUUUGACUGGGUCUAGGACUAGAUCUAAAUCUGGAUCUAGGACUGGGUCUGACCCCCCCCCCCCACUGGAGUUAUUUAAUCCCACUUUGCACAUUCUCUUCUCCACUUUGUUGAUUCAUAAACAGGAAGUCGGUACUCCUCCUCCCUGCUCAGCUGCCGUCGUCAUGGAAACAGUCAUGUGACCGCCUCAUCUUCUUGCAAGAACAAGAACUUGCUGCAAUAAAAGUUUAGCUGGUCUUCUUUCUUCAAAACUUCCAACCACGGAUCUGAGGAGAACCUGACAAACAGGAACGUAGCGGUUCACCUAGGGGUUCACGUAGGUGUUCACGUAGGUGUUCACCUAGGGGUUCACCUAGGGGUUCACGUAGGUGUUCACCUAGGGGUUCACGUAGGUGUUCACCUAGGGGUUCACGUAGGUGUUCACGUAGGUGUUCACGUAGGUGUUCACCUAGGGGUUCACGUAGGUGUUCACCUAGGGGUUCACGUAGGUGUUCACGUAGGUGUUCACGUAGGUGUUCACCUAGGGGUUCACCUAGGGGUUCACGUAGGUGUUCACCUAGGGGUUCACGUAGGUGUUCACCUAGGGGUUCACGUAGGUGUUCACGCCGGCUGGUGAAGAAGACUCAUGGGAAGUCGGCUCAUGAAAAGCCAGCAGGCGCACGUCGCCGACUCGCACUCACCCUAAACCACUUUUCAUCCGACAGGAAGUCCUCGCUCUUAUUUUGGCGGUCAGACGUCUCUGUGGUAAAGAGGUUGUCUGUUCCCGGGUCAAACAUGUCCUCACUUGGUACUAAGAGUCCACAAGGUGUGCUAACAAAAACCAAAGAAAACUUGAAUGGUGUCAGUGUGAGCGCCCCCUGAGGACCUCAGUGGUACUACAAGACUGCUGCUAGACCACCCUUCUUUCACCCACAUGGUCCUGCUGCUGGUCCUGGUCCUGGUCCUGGUGCUGGUUCAGCACAUGAUUGCACAGGAAACCUGAGCUUUUAUCUUGUGUCGCCCCUCCCCCUUUUGAAAGGGGGGAGGGGACAGGAAGGAAGGAAGGAGGGCGGUGGUCAGGAAAGUGUCAUGUGACCUCAAACAUCACCCAACUUAAUCAGCACUAAAAGCCCCCCCAUGACCUCAUGACCCCAUGACCCCCCCCCCCCCCCCCCCCCCCCCAGACAUGAGCGGUGAUGUCAGAGUGUGUGCAGCAGAUCAUAUCAUCUUCAUCACAUGUUGCUAAUUACAAUAUUGUUAUUAAUGACAUUUAUAAAAAAUAAUGACAUCAUUGUUAUCAAUAAUAACAAUGACUUUAUUGUUCUUAGUAGCAAUAAUGGCAUCAGUAAUAAAUAUGAUAUUGUUGACAUUAAUAACAAUAAAAACAAAGCACUUCCUGUUGAAGGCAGCGGGGAUUACAGGUCAAAGGUCACGCGUGAGGGAGGUGUCCUCACUGCUGAACCAACAAAGAAGAGAAACCACCUCAACAUAGUGGCUUCUUCCGCUUGUUUUGUUCCACUACUUCCUCUUGUUUUUUCCCACUACUUCCUAUUGUUUUGUUCCACUACUUCCUCUUGUUUUGUGCCACUACUUCCUUGUGUUUUGUUCCAUUACUUCCUUUUGUUUUGUGCCACUAUUUCCUUGUCUUUUGUUCCACUACUUCCUCUUGUUUUGUUCCACUACUUAUUUUUGUUUUGAUCCACUACUUCCUCUUGUUUAGUCCCACUACUUCCUUUUGUUUUGUUCCACUACUUCCUUUUGUUUUGUUGCUUUAUAUCCUUUUGUUUUGUCACACUACUUCCUUUUCUUUUUGAUCCACUACUUCCUCUUGUUUUGUCCCACUACUUCCUUUUGUUUUGUUGCUUUACAUCCUUUUGUUUUGUCACACUACUUCCUCUGGUUUUGUCCCAGUACUACUCCUUGUUUUGUUCCAAUACUUCCUUUUAUUUUGUUCCACUACUACCUCGUUUUGGCCCACUACCUCCUCUUGUUUUGUUCCACUACUUCCUUUUGUUUGGUCCUACUACUUCCUCUUGUUUUGUCUUGUUACUUCCUUUUUUGUCCCACUACUUCCUUUCGUUUAGUCACACUACUUCCUUUUGUUUUGUUCCACUUGAAUACUUCCUUUUCUUUUUCCCCUACUUCCUCUUGUUUUGUCCCACCACAUCAUUUUGUUUUGUCCCACCAUUUCCUCCUUUUGUCACAUUACGUCCUUAUGUUUGUCUUUCUACUUCCUCGUGUUCCUCUACUUCCUCUUGUCCCACAACUUCCUUUUGUUUUGUACCUCCACUUCCUUGUGUUUUGUCACACCACAUCCUUUCGUUUGUCUUACUGCUUCCUCGUGUUCCUCUACUUCCUCUUGUCCCACUACUUCCUUUUGUUUUGUACCACCACUUCCUUGUGUUUUGUCACACCACAUCCUUGUUUUGUCCCACUGCUUCCUUGUGUUUCUCUACUUCCUCUUGUCCCACUACUUCCUGGUUUCCCACUAUUUCCUUUUGUUUCGGCCCGCUACUUCCUGGUGUUCCACUACACUGCUUCCUGUUGUCCCCCUGCUUGCCACAGGAAGUGGUGUCAUAGUCAGGAAGUGAUCAUCUUGUCCGUGAACGCGUUAGUCUUUGAUGAUUUUGUGUUGCUAACAUUCCAUUUGUUUUUUUGUAUUUGUUUUUGUUGCUUAGUCAUUAGAAGUGUGAUGUGUGUGUAGUAGUUGUGUUGACGAGCCAUGCUGGACAUGUACACAAUAAAAUACUUAAACAUUG